CGCGUACCCUUUGCCUCCUUUCCAUCAUGAGCCACGAUAACGUCCUUCUUAAAGGGAUCAUAGUCUCCCAAAAGCAAACAAUCGAAGCUCUUGAGCGGGAAUCCAACCAGCUACGCGCUGCUCUUCGUGUCUUUACCGAGAAAGAGGAACAGCCCUUAGGCGAGACCCCUGAAGCUCUUGGGGAAAUGGACCUUGAGAAGCUCGUGGAAUCUUUUUCAGCGUCUGAGAGUGACCUGUGCUCGAGGACUGCCUCUGAAACUAUCGACGAUGCUGAAGAAAGCGGACAGGAAGAGGAGAGAGAAGAGCUUUUGCCGAUCUGGGACGGCGAAGAACGGAUAUAUCGGUGUGUCGUAUGUGGCUGGGAAAUCAUCGAACGGGAAUGUCAGAAGCCUGAGUGUGGUGAGAAAUAUUCGGAUUACGUUUGCCAAGAAUCUCCGGAUGGUAUACCACUCGAUGAGAGCGACCGGACCUUCCAUCUCUGCGACGACUCCUACCUCUUACCCUCCAUCCGCAGCAUCACCCCGCUUCUCGAUAUCGACCCCGCUCGUCUUCACCCCGAGACUGUAGCGUACGGAUUUGAAGGUCGCUUAUACGAGUACGAAGCUCUACUCACUCGUGGAGCCACUCGCCUCAUGUGCGAAACUUUCAACCUCUCGUACUCGGAUGAAACAGGGAUCGUACUCGAAAUGAAAGACCCUGAUCUCGACGAUCUGUUUCAGGAAUGGGCUGGAGAUCGUAUCGUAUCGAGCGAGUGCGAGUCGUGGAAGAUCUUUCUUGGGAGAGAGAUCCAUUUGGCGGAUGAUGACGUUGACGGAUCUGAAUAUGUGAAUGACUUUUUGGAAGACGCCCUUUUGUUCGACAGGGAUUCUAGUGUUCAAUGGAAGACGACAGAGGUUCGGACGGGAGCUUGGGAAACGAAGGGUGAUUUAAGCGAGGGACGAGAUGAUUGUGAGAAUGUUCAGAACGAUGGGACCUCUGCGCAAGUCGGUAGUGAUAAUGAAGCUGAUUGUGAUGGCGAUGAAAGAGAGUAUGAUACGGACGAAAACGGGACUGAUGAAGAGAAACCUCUCACGUCGACGAAAGAGGUGGCUAGGAAUGAGUACGAGUCGGAUGGAAUCGAGGAUGAAUGUGUUACGGGCGAGUCCAGAGUUGAAUAUGGAGUGGAGUCUGACCGAGAUGAAGAUUCUUUUUGGGGUUCUGACGAUGGCAGGUACAAGUACGACAGUGCGAAUGAAGGAGAUGUAACCGAGGAGUACGAGACUGAUCCUCCUGACACUGAGGAAGAGUCUGAAGAGGAGAAUCACCGGGAGGAGUGCGAAGAGCAGUAACGAGAAGAAGUACAAUCAGGCGAUAUCUCUUCUUGAGGGCUUCAUGUGUUCCAUUAAAAAUCACGCGCGGGCCCUUCAAUACACAAAGUACCAGUCGUACUUGGCGC